AUGGACGAGGAUAAAGUCACAGCAUUCAAGGUCAAAUUACAGGCUAAUCUAGAGAGUUAUGAGAAGGAAGUCAUGACGGGGAAGAAAAACAAAUUUCAGAGGGACAAAUCUGACUUUGAAUGUAAACAGGCGUAUAAAUGGAAACAUGCUGGUAACCCACGUAAUAUAAGUAGGGGUCGUGGGAAUUACAACAUCCCUAAUAACCGCAGUGAUAAUAUGGCAUCCAGUUCUAUUGGUAUCAACAGCAAUUCCAGUGAUGUUUUUUUAUCCGAGACAAGCGACGAAGGCGUACUAGGCGAGGAUUACGUCAUGAUAGUGGAAAUUAGGAAAUUACAGGCGAACAAAAUCCGGGACAAAAACUUGUCUAAAGCAGAAUUGUUGGCGAUCAGGAGUUUACAGAAUAAUGCGGCCUUUGUCAUCAAGGAGGCGGAUAAAGGAGACCCCACGGUUACGUUUAUGAAGAAACUGGAUAGACUCCUCACCUCUGCAUGCCAAUUUAAUAUCAUUACCAAAAAGGAGAAGGGAUUCUUGGAAGUCAACAGCCCUAAAAUCCCCACUUUCUAUAUGCUCCCCAAGCCUUAUGUCUUGGGUCUUCAAUCGCAUCUCAGGGAUUCCAUGCAGCUGGUACAACACCUACAGGAUAUGCAAUUUCCACCGGGGACAUUGAUACUCACGUGUGACGUCGAGUCCCUCUAUUCGAACAUCUCGCAUAGUGAUGGUUUACAAGCUACUCAGUACUUCCUCCACAAAUCAUCCUGCGGAGAUCCGGCACACCACACAUUUCUGGGCACAGUUGAACAGUGCACUGAUUUUGUUAGCCUGUUGAAUACCAAUUCACUCAACAUCUCACUCACUCAUAAGAUAUCGGAUAUCACCGCUGACUUCUUGGAUUUGCGAUUGACACUUGACGAACAAGGCUUCCGGCGGGGAUACCUUUAG